AUUAAACUAUGCAUCAUGUAUUACUGUCAACUUAAACUUUUAUUUUAUUACAACGUUUUUGUUUUAAAAAAUUAACAUUUAUAAUCUGUAUAGUUACCAAAAGAGUACAAUAAGCAAUUCUGACUGCAUGUUAAUAGUUUCGAGAAAAACUAAAAUCGUUCGCCGGCAGUAAGAGCACGCUGGCCACAAUGAUACUAUUUACAAUCGUAUUAAAUAAUUCACAAUUUUUUUCGAAAUAAGAUGGGUGUACCAAAGUUUAAAACGUAAAUCCAUACCACAGCUGCGGACGAUAGGCAAAAUCUUUCCCGCCUUUAUUUUAUCAAAUAUCAAUAGAACAACUCUAUUUAGUCUCAACUCAACAAUGACUACAAUAAAUGAGAAUACGUAUAAUAACACACUCAAAAAAUACCAUCGUUUAUGUUUAUAAUAUAAUACAUAUUGAUAUAGCAGGUGCCAAGUGGAGAUUUGCAAGUUACAAGUGGUCGUUCAACUCGUAACUCUUUCUUUACAUGAAAAUGCAAGUAAUUAAAAAACCAUUCCGUGUAGCAAUUGAAGGAAAUGUUGGGUCUGGAAAAUCAACAUUAAUAAAGUAUUUUGAAAACUUUAAGGAAGUUGAAACAAAUGCUGAACCAAUAGAAUCAUGGAGAGAUAUAAAUGGUCAUAACUUACUUCAAUUGACAUACUCAGAUCCUCACAGAUGGAAUUUUGCUUUUCAACAUAAUGUACAACUAAGUCGUUUGAAUUUACAGUCAAAAACUACAAAUAAAGACGUACAAAUGUUUGAACGAUCUUUACAAAAUAAUAGAUAUUGUUUUGUGGAGAUGGCUCAUGACAAAGGAUUAUUAUCUAGUCCUGAAUAUGGAGUAAUGUGCCAAUGGUAUGAAUACAUUGAAGCAAACGUAGACAUUGGAUUAGAUCUAAUUGUUUAUCUAAGAAGUUUACCUGAUAUAGUAUAUACAAGAAUGCAACGUCGCAAUCGUCCAGAAGAGCGUACUGUAAAACUUGAUUAUUUGGCAGAUCUUCAUGAAUAUUAUGAAAAAUGGUUAAUAAAGAAAUAUUAUAAUCUCCCUUAUCCAUUAUUGGUGAUAGAUGUCAACAAAGACUUAUCUGAUAAUCAGCUUAUAGAUAUAUAUAAAACUUAUGAAGAUAGAAUAUUAGGAAAAAUACCAGUUUUAUAAUGUUGUAUUGUAUGUAAUACAUUUUUGUAGAGUAAGUGAUUUCAUGUUUUAACAAAGUAACUCUUAUAAAGAUUAAUUUUUA